AUGGUUCUGUUGAGUGCAAUAACAAAGAGUUUGGGGAGAGCAUAUGCUCUGGCUUUUGCCGAAAGAGGAGCUUCAGUAGUUGUGAAUGAUCUUGGAGGUGAUUUCAAGGGAUAUGGCAAGAGCUCCUCAGCUGCUGACAAAGUUGUCAAUGAAAUCAGAGCAAAAGGAGGGAAAGCAGUACCCAAUUAUGAUUCGGUGGAAGAUGGUGAAAAGCUUGUGAAGACAGCACUUGAGGCUUUUGGGAGGAUAGAUAUCGUUAUAAACAAUGCUGGGAUCCUAAGAGACCGUUCAUUUGUUCGGAUAAGUGACGAAGAUUGGGAUAUAAUUCAUAGAAUUCAUUUGAGGGGAUCGUUCCUGGUUACCCGAGCUGCGUGGGAUCAUAUGAAAAAUCAGAAAUUUGGCAGAAUAAUUAUGACUUCUUCAGCUGCUGGAAUAUAUGGAAACUUUGGUCAGGCAAACUACAGUGCUGCAAAACUUGGCCUUUUGGGUCUUUCAAACACAAUUGCAAUUGAAGGCCGGAAGUAUAACAUCCACUGCAACACGAUUGCUCCUACUGCUGGAUCCAGACUGACCCAGACAGUCAUGCCACAAGAUCUGGUCGAUGCUUUCAAACCAGAGUAUGUGGCUCCCUUAGUUGUUUGGCUUUGCCACGAGAGCUGUGCAGAGAAUGGCAGUCUGUUUGAGGUGGGAGCCGGAUGGAUUGGAAAAUUGCGCUGGGAGAGAUCCUUGGGUGCUAUUGUCAGAGGGAAGAAUCAGCCAAUGACGCCUGAAGCAGUGAGAGAUAAAUGGGAGAAGGUCUGUGACUUCGAUAACGCCAGCAAACCCAGAAGUAUCCAAGAAUCCAUAAGUGUUUUGAAUGAUGCUCUAAGUCAGAUAGAGUCUCAAGGGACUGUUUCUAUGAAUUCAACAAGCUCUGGAUCAGUGGUCUCUUCAUCUGUUGACACGGCAAGCAUUGUUGGCCGGGAACUGGCUACCAACGUGUAUAAAUAUACUCACUUAGAGCCUAUUCUGUAUGCCCUUGGUGUUGGAAUGUCAACUAAGGAUCCAGAUCACCUCAAAUUUCUCUUUGAAGGAAGUGAAGAGUUCUGCUGUUUACCUAGCUUUGGAGUAAUUCCUGCUCAGACUUCGAUGUUUGAUGGUGUUCCUUCUCUUCCAGGGCUAAAUAUUGAUCUUGCAAAGAUGCUGCAUGGUGAACAAUAUCUGGAAUUGUAUAAACCGUUACCAACCUCAGGGCAAUUAACUUCAGUUUCAACUGUUGCUGAUAUUCUUGACAAAGGAUCAGGAGCAGUGUUGCUUAUAGAUGUGAAUACCUAUUGUGGAAAGGACCUAGUGUGUUAUAAUCAGUUCUCUUUAUUUUUCGUUGGAGCUGGAGGAUUUGGUGGAAAACGAACAUCAGAAAAGGCCAAGGUAACAGUGAAUCCACCCAAGAGACCCCCUGAUGCUGUAAUUUCUGAUGUCACAACAGCUGAUCAGGCUGCCUUGUAUCGUCUGAGUGGGGACUGGAAUCCUUUACAUGUAGAUCCAAGUUUUGCUGCUCUUGGAGGAUUUAAGAAGCCUAUACUUCAUGGACUGUGCUCCUUUGGGUUUGCUGCUAGAAAUGUUUUGAAGCAGUUUGCAAACAAUGAUGUGAACAGAUUCAAGGCGAUCAAGGUUCGCUUUGCGAAACCAGUCUUUCCAGGGCAAACUUUACAAACAGAAAUGUGGAAGGAAGGGAAUAGAAUCCAUUUUCAGACCAAG